UUCAGUGGCGAAAUGUGCCGUUUGCCUCACAGAACUACUGGUGGUCAGGGGGCUGCAAAUGUUAUCUGAUUUUCCAGAGAGGGGUUUGGAGCUGGACUAAAGAGGCAGGGACAAUAACAGGAAGCUGCCAGAGGAACGGCUGGGUUGGGCUGAUCACUUUAGCCACUGGAGUGGCCUGAUUGUCCAGCGAGCAGCUCUGUGGGAGCUCAGACAGGUUCACAUGCAGCUGGAAACAGACACCACUGACCUGAAACUGAGGAGGAUAUAACUCGACUCAUUCACUGUAGGGAUUUUCAAAUCAAGAAAGACUGUUGAAGGGAACAAAACUCUAAUGAUGAAACUGUCUGCCUGGAGGCAGAUGACUGAGCCUGGAUGCUGGGCAGGUAUCCUGGUCGUUUUAUGUACCCUCAGCAUGGGAGCUGAUGUCCAGAAAGCUCUGAAAAAACCAUCUAUGCCGAGCAUAGUACUCCAAAGACAUAAGAGAGAUUGGAAAUGGGAUAAACUUUAUGCAUAUGAGGAAUCAGCUCUAAAAACCCCACCUGAAAAAAUUGGAAAGCUAGAGAAUACACAUUUCUCUGUGUCCUCAAGAUAUAUUCUCGAAGGAGAAGGUGCUAAUGACAUUUUUACUGUAAAUGACAAUGGGGAUAUUUUGGUCAAUGCAAAGCUGGAUCGGGAGAAGAAAAGUGAAUACAAACUCUCAGCUUCAAUAAUCAACAUUCAAACCGGAAGGCAGGUGGACAAAAAUGAUACGUUUGUAAUAGUGGUCUUGGAUGUUAAUGACAAUAGACCUGUUUUUCCACCUAACCUUUCUGGAUCUAUCAGCGAGUCCUCUACAGCAGGAUCGAUAGUAAUGACAGUAAAUGCGACUGAUGCUGAUGAUCCCACCACUCCAAAUGGAAAAAUUGAGUACGAACUGCUAAAUGGGACAGACCUCUUCAAGAUCAACGAUAAAGGUGAAAUCCAUACAUCGAAAAGCGACCUUGAUCGUGAGAAACAGAGUCAGUACCUAAUUGCUAUAAAAGCCAAAGAUAUGCCAGGAAUGGAGUCUGGUACUAAUUCUGCUACUGCCAUUGUGACCAUUAACAUUAAUGAUAUAAAUGACAAUAUUGCCACCUUCAAGUCAGGAAAAUACCAAUUUGGUGUGAAAGAAGACAGCAAACCCGGAUUUGAAAUUGGCAUCUUAUGGGUGGAGGACAAAGACGAACUACAAAACAAAGAUCCAAGUUUUACUGUACAUGAAAAUGAUAAAGUGUUUGGCAUCAAACGAAAUAAUGAGAAAGAUGGAAUUCUUACCCUCAAAGUGCCUCUCGACUAUGAAACAAAAAACACAUACAUUUUUAAUGUAAACGUGGACGAGCGCACAGUGUCUAAAUCACCAGAUAACCAAGGACCAACCCUACUGAAGAGAGCCCAAAUUUCCAUCAAUGUAAUUGAUGUUGAUGAACCACCUGUUUUCAACCAAACUGAAUACAAGUUUGAAAUCCAUGAGGGCCCCUUCAAGUCCCCGGUCAUUGGAGCUGUUUCAGCAAAGGAUCCAGAUAAAACCAGACACAAAAUACGGUACUCUAUUGAAGACCCAAACUGUCCUGUAGCUGUGGAUUCUGCACGAGGACAUCUGUCCUUGAAGAGGCAACUGGACAGAGAGCAAAAAUCCUCAUACACAUUCAAUGUUACAGCACAUGAGGAUAUACAAAAUGGCCUAAAGUCCUAUGCAGAGGUUAAACUUAAGGUUCUUGACAUUAAUGACAAUGCACCAGAACUAACUAAUGGGAGCAACGUGUAUGUUUGUGAAAGUGAUAAACGUGACACAAUCAUUGGGACUAUUGGUGCCUACGACAAGGAUGAAAAUUCAGGCAGGUUCCGUUUCACUCUGGCAAAAAAAAGUGCAAACUUUUCCCUUUAUGAUAACCAAGAUAACACUGCGAGAAUUGUGCUGAAGCAAGGAGGUUUCAGUACAGAGCACACAGUGGAACAUGCGCUCGAAAUCGAAAUCACUGAUGGAGGUACACCAGAACAGAAGAGCAUUACAGUACUCCCGAUCAAAGUGUGCACAUGCCAGUCGGGUCGACGGAUUGAGUACUGUAAGGCCUACGCCCAAACCGGAGUGAGCGUCAGCGCCCUCUUAGCCAUUCUUCUCUGCAUCGUCACCAUCCUGGUCAUCGUCAUCCUCAUUGUGUUGCGGAGGCACUAUCAGAAAGAUGUUUUGGUCGCCAAGUCGUCUGGCGAGAUCCAUGAGCAGCUGGUGAGAUAUGACGAGGAGGGAGGUGGAGAGAUGGACACAAAUGGUUAUGACGUCUCCAUCCUGACCUCCGCCUGUCACGACAGCAGUUUUCGGCCUGGCGCGGGGUCUUCGCUUUAUGCCAUGGUGAAGAAACCCCCUGCUUGUAAGGGUGACAUGGCCGUGAUGAUCGAGGUGAAGAAGGAUGAGGCGGACCAUGACCGUGAUGGGAUUCCCUACGAUACUUUACACAUCUACGGCUAUGAGGGUUCUGAAUCCCUGGCUGGUUCCCUUAGCUCUUUGGACUCGUCCUCCAGUGGGUCCAAUUUGGAUUACGACUUCUUAAAUGAGUGGGGACCUCGUUUCAGGACCCUGGCUCAGCUCUAUGGAGUAGAUGGCUCUGAUACCGAUAGCUCCUACUGAAGCCCAUUGUCAUCUGGUGGUCAUUGUCCAGGGGUGACACAUGGAGACUUCUGUCUUCUCUUUAAGGGACUUUUUGUAAGGGUCCCUUUAAGAAAGUGAUUAAGAAGUGCCAAUACUUGUUUCUUUCAAACACUGUUAUGAAAUUUUGAUGAACACUACUGUAUUUGUAAUUUUCAUAGAAUAAGUGUAUGUUAGUAGAAAAACUUGCCUUGGUCUUUUAGACUGUUGUUUUUCCAGGUGGAUUUUGUAUAAAACCGCAUUGGACACUGGUUGGACAAACUCACUUUUAGGCUGUUUUAUCCUUACAGCAAAUUUGAAUUUGUGUUAACGAAAUAUGUGUUCUUUCUUGCUCACACCAUUUUUUUCUUAUUACAUAUAUUGUAUUACUCAAUCCAAUCUCAUGAGAAAAUGUAACUAUUUUACGUUUUGGCAAACUGAUAAAGAAUUUGUAUGAAUUAUAGUACGAUAAGAUUUGUGUGAAAACAUUACCCACCCCUAAACCUAACUGUCAGGGAGUUAAAAAUAGACCUCAUGAAAACAUAUAAAUGAGAUCACACAAAUUAAUAUAAAUUUGCAUCAGAUUCACCAAAACGUACAAGUUAUGAGUAGCAAUGAGAGUGUGUUGGUCUUUUUCAUUUUUUAUCUUGUAUUUCCUGUAAAAACUGUCAGUUUGUGUUUUAUCUUUUUUUUCUAUCUAUACAAGUGUUUUCUGGACUCAGAGAGUAAUUGUGGAGCCAGCAUUGUUCAGCAGACUCCUCUCAUCAGGAAAACUACUGUAUUGCCAUGGGAGCAACAGAGGAAGUGUUGAUAACUGUACUUUGAAAGAAUUAAAGGCUACUCCACGUUUAUUUGACAGGAAUCAUCAGCACAUAGAUUGUUAUGAGUAAAGCCCAAAUCUCUAAGGUCGACCAUUAUAAGGCAAUUGCAGACGUCUCAGGAAAUGUGCAGUGAGUUGUAUGCCUGUUGAAAUGCGAGAAGUGGUCUCAAUAACUGUACUACCAUGUGAAUCAUAAGCGUGGCUAUAUAUUUAACAGCAUCAAAAGAGAAUAAUGCAAAGCUGAAAUUGCUAAAUGUUAUUUUGAUGAUAGUUAAAACCAAAACAUGUAGCAGGCCAGCGAGUGUCUUGACUAUUGUUCAUCCUUCAUUCAAGACUAAAUAGACAGUUUUCAUUGAAAAAUGUGUAAACCGUCUUUAUACCUUAAAUAUUUACCUCUGUGCACAAACCUAUUUCCCCCAUUAACCAUGGGCACAAUAUGUGGAAGCCACCUUCUCCCUUUCCUGUAGGGAAUUACAUGCCAAGCACUCUUCUACCGUCUUGUUUAAAAUGACCAGCUCCAUCACUGAAAUGUCAACUUCCUGUCUGUGUGAGCAUAAGGAAAUGCACUUCCUGUUCCCUUAUCUUUCAAGUGAAGGAACAGAUUGAAACAGUUUUCCUGUUUUCUUGUCUUGGAGGGAUAAAGAAAGAAAACUUAGGAGAGCAGGGAAAUGUUAAAGAACAGCAUAAAUCACACUGUCUUGGUCACAGAGCAUUGUCCUGCUCUUGAAAAAAUGUGCUGCUCUUGAAUGUUUUUUUUUUUUUUCACCAUAUAAUCUAAUUUGACUGUACAUCUGUUUUCAUCAUUUUCUUAAAUUAUUUUAGGGGAAUAUAUUAUAGUUCUAAUGUAUGUUUAUCAUUGGUCGUAGAAUUAGAUGUUUAAUCAAUAGACUGUAUAACUACUGGGCAAAGACUUUUACUUAAGAGAAAAUCAUAGACUGCACAUUCUCAUAAAGGAAAUGAUCAUAUUUCUCAAGUAAAACAAUGUACAGAAAGACUGGAACCAUUUAACUUUGGAAGACUGUAUAUGUGAUUGUUCCUUAUUUUUUAUCAUAGUUCCUCUAAGUAUGUAUGCUUUGAAUUAGCACUUCUUGACAUAAUGGCCAGUUUAAAACGUACAGUGUGUUCUAUGAUCAUUUUUCUAAAUGAACAGAUGUUUCUGAGAUUUGAUGAGAAGGUCCAGUAGAUGUCAGUGUUGGGCAGUCAGACUAAAUAUUUCAGUAUGUGGUUCUGUUGUGUGUUCGAGGGACAACAAUAUGUGCCUUUUUUCUAUUGUUUCUAUUGUUAAAAUAUUCUUUUUGUUUUCUCUUUUAAAACUGCCAAUUUUGUAUUUGAAUAAUAAACUUCAUAUUCCGUAAAA